GCAGCUGCUUGCUGGUCAGGUGUAUCACGUGUCCGCGUCAGACCCAAAAAGUAAUCGAGAAGAUAGUUUUCAUUAGUGAAUUAGUGUGAAAAAGUGCUAGAUACACUUGCAAAUAAACCUUGUUAUCGAAAAUCGUUCAAGUUGGUUUAUUUGAAGAUGUGUUAAAGGCAAACAAGUGUAAAAACAGAUACACAGCAACCGAAAUCGCGACAUGGUAAUGUUGGUAUUCAACUGAGGAAUUUUCUGAAGAGAACGGAGACCAUAAUGAAUCCUUCACUGCAUAAUUUAUCAUCCACAAAUUUAAACUACACUCUCCCGGGACUAUCUGACUCCAGCACAUCUUUCUCGCAACCGGCGAUGGAUUGUAUCGCGCAAUACGCGAUGUUUGAGGACCAAUCUAAAAUACAGAUAUCUACACUGACAAAAAUCAAGCGCCCUAUGAACGCCUUCAUAAUAUGGUCUUCUAAAGAACGAAAAAAGAUUUCCAAAGAAUUCCCGCAGAUGCACAAUAGUGAAAUCUCGAAGCAACUCGGCAUCAUGUGGAAAACAAUCCCGCAGGAGAUGAAAAAUAUUUACAUAAUGAAGGCGGAAGAAUUGAAAAUAAAUCAUCAAAAGAAAUAUCCAAAUUAUAAAUUUCAGCGUAAACAAAAAAAGAGGAAAGAAAGUUCGCCGAAUCCUCCAACAAUUAAUUUGAUCGAUGACAAAUUCUUCUCCGAUCCGCUAAUUCAGAAUAUUGUUCCGAAUCCUUAUUAUACAGGGAAUCCGAACGAUUAUGCGCCGUAUCUCUUCAACGUAACUACUAUGGCGCCGUUCAUGAAUAACUACCCGAAUAAUAACACAUAUAAUAAUGCAUCGGCUGCUGUGUUCGCCAAUAAUCUCGUAUAUAUGAAUUAUCAUACACCACAUUCAUCGACGAAGAUGUCUUUUCCGACGACGACGCCAGCUAACAUGCUCUAUUCGAUGUUUCCCUUUGCAUCUGACAAUAAAUCUGAAAACCACGAUGUCCACAGGAUUUGCAAUUUCCCGCAAAACAGUCCGCAAUUAUCACCAUCGGACAAGCAGUUCACGAGGACACCUUUGUCGGAGUAUAAUCAACAGCAGAACACAUACUAUAAUUUGGUAACGAUAAUAAAAAAAAUGAAUGAAUUAUGCUUUUUAGAAGAGGGAGCUUAACUGUGAUAUUC